ACGUGUCAAAGUAAUUCAAUGGGCUGAUUUUUGUUACACUGGGGGACUAUUGUAUUCGACCACCCAACAGAAGCAAAAACAGAAUUAGAAACAAAGCGCAUUUGCAAACAUUUAAUCGGCACUUUGUUUCCGGUCUGGUAUAAAAGGUUGUACAAAUAAUUUCAUUUUCAUCACACCUCAAGCAAAGAGAGCGUAAGCAACUUCCAACUUUACCCGCAGAAUUUAAAUUCUUCGAAUCAAAAUGAUGAGUCGUUUUUCCAUCCGAAACGUUUUUUAUUUCAUGUUCGCAGUUGUUCUGCUUGUCGUAUUUAUCAGCGCAGCGACGGCCCAACAUUACGGCAGUAGAACUCACGGUGGAUUUGGAGGAGGAUUCACCGGUAGUUACGGAGGAAGUGCAGGAUUCGGUGGUGGUUAUGGGGGAACUCGGUCGUUCGUUGGUGGGCACGCAGGUAGCUCCGGAGGAAGUUUUGGAGGUAGCUACGGAGGAAGAGGAGGAUUCAGCGGAGGCUACGCAACAGGUUCCCGUCUAGGAGGAUUUGCAGGACAUGGAGCUACUGUAGGUGGAUUCGGUUACGGAGGUGGAAGCUUUGGAGGCGCUGGCUUGAGAACUGGUUACGGUGGAGGAUUUGGAGGACAUGGAAGUUUCGGAGGUGUGAGGGGUAGAUACCACGGUUAACGACUUUGGAUCGUCACACAAUUUGCCGGGCAAAUUCCGCUUAACGUCACGUACAGCAAGAUAAACAGCACAGAUACAUAGAUUUAAAGUGAAGCUAUUUAUUUAUUUAUGAAGCAAGUAUUAAAACGUAAUGGGAGUUAUACAACAUGUAAAAUUGAAAACUCUUGGGCUGUAGCUGAGUUUCUGUUCCUAUGCUGUCGGAGAUUUUCUCCAACAAUCAAGCAGCCGUACGCUUAAUGGGUUUCAUUUCGCAUUAAGUGGCUGAACAUCCCAAAGAGUUCUUGGCAAUGCCACCUCAGAUUACUUCCAAAGUUCACGUUUUUGCACCUGAUUCCAGGUAAGAGCAGUUGACGAAUCAGUGGAAGAUUUCCAUCGUCAGCAACAAAAAGGACAUUGGAUCGGAUGGAAUUGAACAUUGGAUUGGAUCCGGUUCCGAAAUAACAUCCAGUAAGGCAGCACCGCACUUCAACCAAGUCGAAUAGAAGAUCCUCUAAAGUUUUCCGUCUCUUCAUGUGCUCUAGCAAAAAGAAAAAAAAAAGUAAAAAAAAAAAAAAAAAACACUAACAAAUGAUUAUUCACGGUUGAGCGCCGUCGGGAACUUCCCCCUAGGCCCUGCCCGUGCUCCUUUUUGGUCCGUAGACCGAGGCGGAAGUUAGUUCCUCAAAUGAAAUCAUAUCAAUUCAAAUACCAUGGCCUGUUGUUAAGUCCGUUGGAGUGAUAUCUACAUGUCGCGAUACUAUCACGACGGGCCACUACGUAUAAUCCGUCUGGUCGUGGAGAGGCUCUUACCAUCCAUUGGACUUAACUGGUAUACCUACCUUUGGUUACCGUUGGAGAGUGAUAGACGUACAUGCUCGUCCUGAUAUUAUCAAGACCGGCCACCGUAACUCAUACCCGUUGAACGACCGCGACCUUCAACUUACCAAUUGCUUAUUAUUUUUGUGGUAACAGCCGGUUGAGUAUAAUUGAUACUAGUGUGCGCUAGGACAGUGUUUAACCUUUCUACUUUUUUAUUACCAUUAGACUUCAGUAAUGUC